GCCCGGGCUUUGCACCCGGACUAGUGGUCCAGGCCCCGGAGUCGGCGUCACACCGGUGAGGACAACUCAUCGAGAGAGUGGACAUGGCCACACCGUUUCUACCCGCGGGGGCCACCACGGGCGACAGUGGUGGGGAACUGAGCUCCGGGGACGACUCCGGUGAUAUGGAAUCCCCCCAGAACCCCGAGACCGAGGCGUCCCGGAGCCUGGCCGAGCAGUUUGAGAAGGCUGCCGCACACGUCCAAGGCCUGAUUCAGGUGGCCAGCAGGGAGCAGCUCUUGUACCUGUAUGCCAGGUACAAGCAGGUCAAAGUUGGAAACUGCAGUAUUCCUAAACCGAGCUUCUUUGAUUUUGAAGGAAAGCAAAAAUGGGAAGCAUGGAAAGCCCUUGGUGACUCCAGCCCUAGCCAAGCAAUGCAGGAAUACAUCGCAGCAGUUAAAAAACUAGAUCCAGGAUGGAAUCCUCAGGUAUCAGAGAAGAAAGGAAAAGAAGCCAGUAGUGGUUUUGGUGGACCAGUCGUUAGUUCUCUCUAUCAUGAAGAAACAAUCAGGGAAGAAGACAAAAACAUAUUUGAUUACUGCAGGGAAAACAACAUUGACCACAUAACCAAAGCCAUCAAAUCGAAAAAUGUGGAAGUGAAUGUGAAAGACGAAGAGGGCAGAGCUCUUCUCCACUGGGCAUGUGACCGAGGACAUAAGGAAUUAGUCAAAGUCUUGCUACAGUAUGAAGCUGACAUUAAUUGUCAGGACAACGAAGGUCAGACAGCUCUUCAUUACGCUGCUGCCUGUGAGUUUUUGGACAUUGUGGAGCUGCUGCUCCAGUCUGGCGCUGACCCUACUCUCCGAGACCAAGACGGCUCUCUGCCAGAAGAGGUGACGGGCUGCAAAGCAGUUUCUCUGGUGCUGCAGCGGCACAGAGCUAGCUAGCAAGGCUUGAUCCAGAGACUGGAAAAGCACAGUCUGAUAGGACAGAAUAGGACUUCAGGAUGAAAGAAACUACAGAAAUCCCUUACCACUGUCUUUGGUAUGCAUUGGCUAAUAAAAUCAGUUCUGAGGAACUG